GUACCCAUCUUCUAAAAUCAAGUUUUUCACUCAAAGAUUCAAGAAAUUACAUAAAUGAAAUUCUUUGUCAUCAUCUUCUUCUUCCUCCUCCAUUAUCUCUCGUCCGGCCCCAAGUGGAGAAUCACCGGAGAACCCAGACCCAGAGGAAACCAGAGACAAUUUGAUGGAUUCUUUGGUGGUUUCUCACAUAACCCUUCUCUAAACCAAAAAAUAAAGGAGGAAGAGGAGGAGAAAGGGGGAGGAGGAGGGAGGAGAGAGGAGAGAGAGGUGAAGAGAAAGAGUCGAAGUGGUGUCACUGCUUCUGCUUGAGCAUUGAGGGAGAGAAGGGUUAAGCGGGGAGUUGAGGGGCUGAUUUGCGCGUGAAGUGGGUUGAAGGGGUGAUUUGCCACCAGUUGUUGAGUUUAGGGGCUGAUCUGCACCUUUUGCCGUGGGAAAAUGCCUCUCUCCGCACGAAAUGGCGGCGUUAGGUGGCCGCAGACGAAAACCUUUGUCUGCCACGUACUUCCGGCCUGCAGAAUGUUCAUGGUUUUUGGAAUACUCUGGAUUAUAUCCGUCAACGGUUCAGGCUGCAUGUUUGGUCUAUACUCCAAUGAAAUAAAAUCCUCAUUGGGGGUUCUGUCUCGGAGCGCAACUGCCGGUGCUCUGUGCAAUCAUAUCCGAACUGUUUGGUCUGAAACACUACUCUAUAAUGUACAACGUCGGCUCGAUUUCAAGUCCGGUUUGGUCGUACAUAUUCAACGUGAGAGUUACCGGGAAACGAGGAAGCAGAUGGGGGAUUUUGGUCUUACAAUGAAAGCAGGGGAGGAGUUGAACUGCACUGGGAGAUCGUUUUGCAGAAGUGAUAUUUACAAGAAGUUUAGGGGGGAAGUGAUGGAGGCAGAGACAGGUGAGGGUGCAGGUGGAGUGGACGGCAAAGCAAUUGCUGCUGUUGGUACCAUGGAAAAUUCAGACCUUGCUGAUUCAAGAUGAUGAAUUCUGUUAGAAACUUCGAAGUUCAAUAACUUUGUCUAGAAUUGACUUGAGACUCAGACAUAAUUUUGAGCUCAAACUUGUUUACUAGAAAUUACCAUCUGCCAUCGAUUUAAUUAUUUUAAUUUGAUUUUUAAAUAAAGUUUCAAAUAAUUU